CAACCGCCGCUCUGCUCUGCUCUUCUUCGGUUGCUCUGCUCCCGCACUGCUAGUUUUUUUUUUCCCCCCAUGAACAUGAAUGCUCCUUUGCCUAGUUGCUUUGUCGUGAACAUCACUAGCAGGAUACAUGUAUAUAGAUGUGUAGUAGAUGUAUAUAGCAGGAUACAUGUAUAUAGAUGUAUAUAGCAGGAACAUCACUAGCAGGAUACAUGUAUAUAGAUGUAUAUAGCAGGAUACAUAUAUAUGGAUCGUUAUUAUAUUUGCUUCAGUUACAUGUGUAUAGAUGUGUAGUACUGUGGAGGCGGAUAGUUCUAGCGUUACUUGUGUGAUGACAGUCAGGCUCAAUCAAGACUGUCUGUGUCUCAGGUAUACUGCUUUGCCAAAAGUAGCAAGCUUUACACAUGGAGUAUAUCUUAUUAACAAAGUGUUCUCCGAUCCUACCUACUGGCCACACUUUUAGGGAUCAUUCGGCUUUAGCCACCUUCAUUGUGUACCGUACCUACGGCCCUACGUACUACACACACUGAGUCUUGAUCCCGAAGCUUGCUUCAUCCACUUUCCUCCAGUUUUGUUGCUCCUGACUGACCUUCUACUGCACUGCAUCUGCAUGCCUCAACAGUUAGUUCCCUAGAGCUUAACAGUUCUUUUCUCCGGCUCUUGGUAAUCAUGAACUCGACAAGGCAUGGGCAAGCAGUGUCUCACUUUCACUGCACACAGGGGGAGGCCCGUCAGGCAGGCAGCCACCCGAUCCAAUCCAAUCAUGAUCAGUGGCAGUGCAGCAACAACAAACCAAACGAUAUGCUGCCCGGAGAGAGAGAGAGGAGAGGAGAGGGCGAGUCAACCAAUCAGAUUUGCUGCGUUUUCAUCUGCAUGUGCCCAGGCAGGCCCCAGGGCCUCCAUCGAUAGAUAUCUACUAAUUUGGUACAAAUUUAUUAGAAUCGACAGGGACUUGUCCCUGCGUGCUCUUGACCCUAUCUUCGAAUUCAAAGAUCUCCCCCAUGUGUCGAGCCGUCGGCAGCAGUGUACUAGUACUGCCUCCGUUGUGCCUACCUACGGCCGUCGCCGUCUUCACUCCUCAGGCAUGGAUUGCACAUGGUGUCCGAAAAAGAAGCUUUCGGCUGCACCAAACACGCAGACAUGAGAUCCCGGUGCAGCACCGAGGGGACGCGGUGAGCAGCCUGGUGUACGAGGCCAACGCGCGCGUCAGGGACCCCGUGUACGGCUGCGUGGGCGCCAUCUCGUCGCUGCAGCAGCAGGUGGAGACGCUCCAGGCGCAGCUGGCGCUGGCGCAGGCCGAGAUGGUCAGGCUCAGGAUGAGCAACGACUACAUCCUGCACCGGCUCAAGGCGGCCAGCAGGGCCAACGGCGGCGGGGGCAGCAGCUACACCGGCUCGCCGUCGUCCAUGUCCUCGCCCAAGACGGCGGAGCCCGAGGCGCACUGCAACGCCACGCCGGAGCUGCUGGACAUGGUCGUGGACCAGCCCAGCAUGGACGACGCCCACUUCUGGUCCUACUAGCUAUAGCUAAAGCUAGGAUCAGGAUGGGAGGCUGCUGACCGUAUCCGUCAGGUGCUUCUCUUCUGGGUCAGGUCAAGCACCCAAGCUAUAGGUUGUUUUUAGCUGAUUUAGUCGUGUGAUCGAUCAGGUGCUGUUUUUGAGUCACAGAUGGUGGUAUGGUAGCUGGUAUAUAUAAUAUAUAUAAUAUAUAUCAUCAGGUUCAGGUAUAUGGUGUGCGCACGCUGUAACAGCGUGCCACUACGAGGAAGGUGAGCGUACGUAGAGGCCUUCUCCUAUAUACCUUCUAGCAGUAUGUCCAGGGCUUGUUUUUUUGGCUGUCCUUCCAUGAGAAGGUGGAACAUUGUCACAGAUAUUGGUGUGCAUCAUGCUAUGCAUCGCAAGAACCUUUGUCUUGCUCCUAGCAUCUGCCUGGUUCAUUAAACAGGUGAACUCUGCUAUGAAAAUGCAGAUAACUUUUAACUGUGUCUGUCCAAGUGUUUACUUUUCCUUGCCAGUGUUUUUGGAAUUAUGUUAUGUGCCAGCUUUUAUUUAGCUGCGAAAAUAAUUUCAGAGAGCCCUCAACACAACCAGAGCAGAACGAAAAAAAAGUUAAACUUGAGGUACCAGAAGAAGAUGCAGUUACUGGUUUGGCUGUUUCACGGUUGGGGAUGAAAUGGAAAUUUACUCUCAAGUUUGCCUGUUUCACGGUUUUUACAAGGAUGGGCACCAUGACAGACUGCAUCCUGAUUUAGGCAGUGCACUGCUUACAGAAGCAACACUAGUUUGCAUGCUCAGUUGUUGAGAGAGGUCCGAUCGUUCCAAACUUCCACCUAAUGUGGAUUAUGUGGCCAAAACUUGCAACGGGACCUUGAAAUCCACAACUAGAUGGCAAUAAGUUGCUAAUGCAGCAACUUCGUUAU